AGGAAAGAUCUAAAGAUUGAGCUCUUUUAAGGUCCAAAAGAGAACAAGUGACGAAAAAAUAUUAUGCUUAGUGCCACUCGAUCUACUGUUUGACACUGACAAACUCACGAGCGACGUUCGUGAAGACAUCGACGUUCAAGCUAAUCAGCACUUCGGCUCCGCGAGGCACCUCUUCAAUCAUUGGCCACAACUAAGCAAUCUCUAACGUCGCCAGAAUCGGAACGUUUACGUAUUCGUAGGGACAGCUAUUUGAUGACUGGAUGCAAGGAUUCCUAUAAAAUGAUGGUCUGAUCCCUCCAGGGUCAAACCUGCAUGUUCGACUUCCGCAACACAACAUUGCCUCAGAAUUCUAUUGAUCACCAUGGGGCAGAGACAGAGACUGCGAGUCUAGUUCUAUUUUAGUGAGUCUGUGUGUGUGUACAUAAGUGUGGGUGAUCAAUUUUCUUCCAACUGUGAUUCGUCUUGUAAGGUGAUCGAUCAAGGCACAACACAGACUGUUUCUCCCUGCGUGCUGCAUACGUAUUGUUGUAAUGCCAUUGGUAUGGUCAAGUACAACCGGAGCAAGCUUUUGAAAGAUGGGGAAUUUUCUGGAAGAUGGCAGUCGAAAGGAUCUUACAGGUUUCAAGAUGAGAGCCGCCGUUCUGAUUCUGUCUCAGAUUUUGGGGGAUUUCACAAGUGGAGUACCCAUUCCUGCACCGGAAUUUCCUGAAAAGUGCACGAGCGAGGAGAACUGUUGCAUGCCGUACCCAUACACGGGUAAACCAGUUAGACAGUUCACCAUCGACCCCAAUCUGCCGCUACGAAUCAGGAGACCGGUGCACAAGCUCAACGAUGACGAGAUCGCGAAGCUGGAGAAAGGCUACCAGUUGCUCAGGUCGCUGUCGGAGUCGGAUCCCCGGUCGCUCUCCAACCAAGCAAAGCUUCACUGUUUGUAUUGCGACAAUGGAAUUUAUUAUCCAGGUAUGAUCUGGCCGCUAGAAAUACAUAACCACUGGUUGUUCCUGCCAUGGCACCGGAUGUUCUUGUACUUUCAUGAGCGGAUUUUGGCCGAGCUCUUGGACGACGACAGCUUCGCACUUCCUUACUGGAAUUGGGACAACCAGUCGGAGGAAGAGGUUGCCAACACCUUGCCUGACAUCUACGCAAGCAAUAGGUCAUCGUCUCUGUGGAACCACAACCGUAACAAAUGCGCGCAGCAGCCGAAUAUUGUGAAUCUGAAUACGGUCGGGGGGUGCACUGAAAAAACGCCAACUGAGCUUCGAAUCGAGAACACACGGCUGAUGUACACGCAGAUAGUGUCGGGAGCGCCAACACCAAGACUUUUCUUUGGACAGGCUUACAGCUAUGGCGAUGGGGGUGGUCAUGGACCCGGAACGUUUGAGGAUAACCCACAUGGCACAGUGCAUCUGUGGGUGGGGGAUCCAGAUGCACCCAAUAAGUUCGACGACAUGGGAAACUUUGGGAGGGCAGCGAGAGAUCCAAUAUUUUACCCGCAUCACGCGAACAUUGACAGGAUUUGGACAAUAUGGAAAACGAUGCCGGGAAAGCAGAGGAUGGAGCCGAACCACACAGAUUUUCUCGACGCAAGCUUCACGUACUAUGAUGAAAAUGCGGAUCGGGUCACUGUGAAAGUGUCGCAGAUCAUCAACACAACACUCCUCAGAUACGAGUACGAGGAAUCGCCGACUGCAUGGAUCACGAAUGGGCAGAAAGCCGGUUACGAGAAUAGCAUCCCUGUUUGCAACCCCAUGAAUCCUUCUCAAACAAACGCCAUGAUCAUCGCCACACCCGAGCUUACGAUCCAAGACAAAUUGGGUGCAGAGCCACUGACCUUCCGAGUUCCCCGUCCCGAAAGGAGCGACGUGGGUGUGGAGGUGCUGGAAAUCGAGGGUAUCAAAGUGGAUGGUAGGUUUCAGAGCCACUGGGAAGCCUACCUCUUCUUCCCCUCCGUCGACAUAAACACGCCAGUGAGCUGUCCAGAGUUCUUCGGCACCUUCAACUUCGUCCCGCACGUUGGGCAGGCGCAGUUCAAUCGCGACCGAGUGUGGAGAGUGGCGGUGAAGGACAAGCUCGUCGCCCUGGGGAAGGACAACUACACCGACAUCAUUGUGACGCUCGUGCAAUUCGGCCCGAAUGUGCAGCCGCUGGGGAUCGGCAAGGCUCGCAUCGUGUACGACGCCAGUCCGGCUACGCUUGAGUGAGGGCGCUCUCCACCACUGUCCUCAUGUCCACUCCACCUCCUCCUCCUCCUCCUCCAUAUCCACCGCCACAACAAGCGUCAGAGUAGCAUUCUUGUAAAGGUUCUAUGGUUAGUAUUAACCUCGCGUACGAGGUUUCGGAAUCUGUGAACCAUUUUUUCCAUAGCCCUCGCUGCAAGUCGUCAUACCAGAACUGUCCCCAAGUGAAAAUUGAGCCGACGAACGUAGAAAUUGUGACGCUGAUGACACCAUCCACAAGGCUUAGGGCUUUACAGGGCAUGAUCGACGUACCGGUCAUGCGAAUAACGGUCUUGUGUAGUGUGAUUGAUCCGUGGAAUUGAAGAUUUGUAUUGAUUUCGUG